CUGCUAGUGUAACUGCUCUGGGUUGCUGUGAAGUUAGCAAGACAGUGUUCUGUCUGAGGCAACAAUGUCAUCAUAAUUAGAGGAGUGAGUUAGUGAAGUUCUAGAAGAGAAGUCUCUCCCUACUGGCCGUGAUGGCCUCAGGGAAAGACACUUGUCCUAUCUUACCUAAGCUUGCCAACAGCUGUUGUGAGGAGAGUUCAUAUAAGCCUUCUAAUAAGUGUAAUGAGGUUCAUUUACCACGGUUUUCAUUAAAGCAAGGGAUGAUCCCAAGACGUUACAUUAUGCCUUGGAAAGAAAACAUGAAAUUCAGGAAUGUGAAUCUGCAGCACGCAGAAGCGUGUGGGAUCCAUGCUGGCCCUUUAGAAGACUCUCUGUUUUUGAAUCACAGCGAAAGGCUUUGCCAUGGGGAAGACCGGAAAGUUGUCUUGAAGAAAGGCCCCCCAGAAAUAAAAAUUGCCGAUAUGCCUCUGCAUUCACCACUCUCCAGAUACCAAAGCACUGUGAUCUCCCACGGCUUCAGGAGGCGACUGGUCUGAGGCUGGAAGAAUAAAGUGUCGCAGUAUUUCAAUCUCAAUCUCUUUCUCUCUCCACAAAUUUAAGCCCAUUGUACCAUUGUG